AUGGGAUUGGGCGCUUAUAACAUAGCGGGUUAUGGCAACGGUGGAGUCAGCAUCGACUUCCUUGGUCCACGAUAUGCCCCAGAUGAUCCAACUCUUCCUAAACCAUGGAAGGGAUUGAUUGAUGGGAGCACUGGUAACUUGUAUUAUUGGAAUCCUGAGACCAAUGUUACUCAGUACGAGAAGCCAGCUGCUUUGCCUCCUCCAUUGCCAGAAGGCCCACCUCCCUCUGCCUCUUCUACACCUCAGCUGGCUUCAAAUCCAGCUGCCCAAGCAAUGCAACAAAACGGCUUGGUGGCUCAUCAGGGACGACAUAUGGCACAAGCUGCGUUAGGGCUACAACAGCAGGUCUUGCCUGGAAACCAGUUACCUCAACAGCAUGUUGCUUUCCAGCAAGGAUCUCAAACUGGCCAAUCUGGACAACCACUGGUUCUUCCUGCUAAUUACUCUGCCCUGCAACAGGGAGGUUAUGCACCACAUCAAAUGGGGAUGCAGUUGAUGCAGAUGCAGCAGCAGCAGCAGCAGCAGCAGCAAAUGCUGCCACAAACGGCUCAACAAAUGCAACAGCACCACCCUCAGCAAUUGCAGCAGCACCAGCUGGGCCAGCAAAUGCCACAGCAGUCUGGACAACAAAUGUCACAGAUUGCUAUAGAGCCGGUGUCACAGCAAGCUGGUCAGAAAAUGAUGCAGCAUCCAGGCUCUCAGAUGGCUCAUCCUCAAGUACAUCAGCUUUCCCACCAGCACGUGCAAUUUAUGGGGUAUAAGCAAAGUCCUCCUCAGGAGCAACAAAGUUCACAACAACAGACCCCGAGUGGUGCACUAGGACAGUCGCUUCAGAUGCAACAAGAAUACAGAGCAGCAUAUCCAAAGAGGGAAGAAGUUGAUUUUCAACAGGUUAAUCAAGUUGGGUUUUCUCCUCCACAAUUUCAACCUGCUGUUGCUUCAUCUGCUCAAAACCUGCCUCCUGGAUCCAACCCAGGGCAGAUACCUCAGAUGGGUAUCCAUUCUGGUCAAGUUCCACCAUAUGGUCGUUUUCCAGUGAACAUGCAUCAAGGAAGCUCCAUUACUCAGUUCCAGCCAGCUGGGGCUGGCUCAUAUAGUCAGAAACAGAGUCCUGAGUUUCAGAACCAGAUGGCUGCCCCCAUGAUGCAUGCGCAGCAGCCUAAUGUGCCUCCAGCGGGGUUGAGAAUGGGUUAUGAAGAUAAUUUACACAGUAGAUCCGGAAGGGAAUAUCACCAUAAUGCCGACAAGGAAGGACCAAUGAAGAGUCCGCAGCAGCCCAAGCUUGCAGCAAUACCCGUGGCAAGAAAUCCGCAGGCAAUGACAAUGGGUAAUUCGCCCUUCCAAAAUUUUGCUCCUGGACAUGGUGCUGGAUUGCAUGCUCCACAUGGGAACGUGAUGCCUAACAUGUACAAUCAUGCUAUGGGAGGUCCUCCAUUUACAAAUGAUGUUCCUGGAACUCCUUAUGGUGGACCUUCAGAUGUUUCCAAUCUCACACCUGCUGAAGCGUAUCGUCAACAGCAUGAAGUUAAUGCAACGGGUGAUAAUGUGCCAGCACCAUUUAUGACAUUUGAAGCUACUGAAUUUCCUCCAGAGAUUCUGAGAGAGAUGCAUUCUGCCGGUUUUGCUUUUCCCACGCCUAUACAGGCACAAACAUGGCCAAUUGCACUGCAAAGCAAAGACAUAGUGGCAAUUGCUAAAACUGGUUCGGGAAAAACAUUAGGGUACUUGAUUCCUGCCUUCAUGCUUCUUAGAAGGAGGCGUAACAAUCCUCAGAAGGGCCCAACAGUGCUGGUUUUGGCCCCUACACGAGAGCUUGCUACUCAGAUACAAGAUGAGGCUAUCAAGUUUGGCCGUUCGUCAAGGGUUAGUUGCACGUGCUUGUAUGGUGGAGCUCCAAAGGGACCGCAGCUGAAGGAAUUAGAUCGAGGAGCUGACAUUGUGGUGGCAACUCCUGGACGGCUAAAUGAUAUCCUUGAAAUGAAGCAGAUAGACCUAAGCCAAAUAUCUCUCCUUGUGCUUGAUGAGGCAGAUCGCAUGCUUGACAUGGGAUUUGAACCUCAGAUCCGUAAGAUUGUAAAUGAGCUUCCACCUCGCAGACAAACUCUGAUGUACACAGCAACAUGGCCCAAAGAAGUGAGAAAGAUAGCGGGUGAUCUUCUUGUUAACCCUGUUCAGGUUAACAUUGGCAGUGUUGAUGAGCUUGCUGCUAACAAGUCAAUUACACAGCAUGUUGAAGUGGUACCCCAAAUGGAAAAACAGCGGCGUCUGGAGCAGAUCCUUCGUUCCCAAGAACGGGGUUCUAAGGUAAUUGUUUUUUGUUCUACGAAGAGGUUGUGUGAUCAGCUUGCGCGCAGCAUUGGGCGUAAUUUUGGAGCCGUUGCUAUUCAUGGAGACAAGUCUCAAGGCGAGAGAGACUGGGCUCUAAAUCAGUUUCGGAGUGGAAGGAGCCCUAUAUUAGUGGCCACUGAUGUUGCUGCCCGGGGCCUUGACAUAAAAGAUAUCAGGGUAGUGAUCAAUUACGAUUUCCCUACUGGGAUUGAGGAUUAUGUCCACCGAAUUGGGAGAACUGGGAGGGCUGGUGCAACUGGAGUGUCAUAUACUUUCUUCUCUGAGCAGGACUGGAAAUAUGCAGCGGAUUUGAUAAAAGUCCUAGAGGGGGCAGACCAGCAAGUCCCCCCCGAGGUGAGAGAGGUGGCUUCUCGGGGUGGGUCUGGUUUUGGCAAAGAUCGUGGAAGGGGCAGCCGAUUUGAUUCUGGUGGUGGUGGUGGACGUUGGGAUUCAGGGGGUCGUGUUGGGAUGAGUGGUGGUGAUUUUGGUGGCCAUGGUGGUAUGGGUGGUGGCAACUUUGGUGGUCGUGGUGGUACGAGGGAUGGAAACUUUGGUGGUCGGGGUGGAAUAAGAGAUGGUGGGUUUGGGGGACGUGGAGGAGGCCGGGAUAGCUUUGGAAACCGUGGUGGAAGAGGCGAAUUCUUUCCCAGGCGUGGUCGAGGACCCCGAGGAUUUGGUGGACCACCAGGCGGCGGUCAGGGUGGUUGGGAUAGGAAUGACCGGGGCCCAAAUGAUCGGUUUGAUAUGGAUGGACGUGGCGGAUAUGCACGCGGGCGUGGACGGGGGCGGUUUGGUAGUAGAAGAGAGCUUCCAGAUAUGGGUAGAGGUAGAAGUUACAGUCGUAGCCCGGAUAUGGUUCGAACGUGGGGCAGCCGGAGCCGCAGCAGAAGUCGUAGCAGAAGCCGAAGCCGUGGUCGCAGUAGGAGCUGGAGCAGGAGCAGGAGUCGCAGCCGAAGCCGGAGUUGGUCAAGGGGGCGGAGCCGUAGCUAUAGCCGGAGCCCUAGCCGGAGCAGGAGCCGGAGUCGCAGCCGCAGCUACGAAAGAAACAGGAGGCCUCGUGUUUCCAAGUUUGAUCAGAGAGAACCGGAUGCUUCAGGCUUAGGUGUCCCUCCUGGUUCAGAAGCUGCACUUGCACCGCCGGUUGGGCCAUCAGAUACAUUUUCAGGCGUUGAGCCGGCUGGGGAUCUGCCUUUGGUAGCUGAUACAAUGAUUGUGCCUCCUGCGACUGAGGCAGAGCAUUCAGUGGCGGAGCCAUGAAUUUUGAUUUUGGCGUUUUCUGGUAGCCAUUCAUCUUCUUUCAGGUCAUUGGUUCCAAAUUUUGCUUUUACGCAAUGCAACUUAGUGAAGGAUUGGCCGAUACAUGAAAUACCUGAAGUCGCUGUUGCGCAUGGGAACGGAUUUAAUGGUUGUGAUGUCAAGCAUUGCGGUGGAUGUUGUGGGUGUGGGGCAUUGUUGCGCACCGAGGAAACUUACCAGUCGUGAUGGAGCUCAGAAUCAAGAGGGGUUUCUUCCUUUUGCCGGAUUCAGGGGUUCCUGUGCUGAAGUAGACUUUAGGUAAUAGUUGGUCUGAUACUUGGUGGUGGGAUUUUUGUAUUCAGGAUUCGGGAAGCAGCUACUGCGUUUCUCUGUUUCAUAAAAAACUGUCGAAGUCAAUUAUUUCUGCCAAAUUAUUGAUCUUGCAGGGCA